UGCUCCACCGGCUCCCCGGCGGUCCCGGGACUCCCGGGACCGCAUCUGUCCGAGUCCGGCUCUGUCGACUGCCCCUCAGCAACCGUUGCUGGGGUGACCAGUUUGCUACAAGGUCUGGUCGACGGUCUGUCGAACGGGGUUGCCGGAGGCAUGGAAAGCCCACUCCUUCCGUCCUACCCAGCACACCAACACCAGCAUCAUCAUCAACAUCAACAUCAGCAUCAGCAUCAGCUGUUCCAGCCUCAGACGCAUGUGCCGCUGUCGGUGUCGCCUCGUCACGCCGCGACCGACGGCCUCGGCCAACUUGUCAGGCCCCGACGCUCGGUGGGACUGCAGCAUCCGAUCGUGUGUCCUGAGCCCGAAUACAGUCAGGUUGGAGGACAUUCGAACGAGACCGUCUUCGACGGAUUCGCACCGGCCAGAGGCCUUGGAUACGGCACGUUCGGAGAUGGACGAGCAAAGCCGCUGGUCCGAGGAGUUGGCAACGAGGAGAAUGUCAAGCUAUUGGCUCUGUCCAGCCUCGCAGCGAGUCUGGCCGGCGGCCUGCCCUUCGUGCUCCAGACAACUGGUGAGCUCUUCUGGUCGGACUUUAAACUCCAUGUCAUGACAACCCACCCAAUAGCGCCCUGUAGGCCAGUCUGUUCAGACUUUUUGUUGAGUAUAUUCUUGUUGAGCUUACUUACAUUUCGGGUGGAAGUGUUGGGUGAAGAGAUUCGAAUAGCUGGUCAAGAGGAAUCCGCCGCAACACUUUCACUCGAAAUGGAAGUCAGCUCAACAAUUAUGAAACAAGAGAUUCCUCCGAAACACAACUUUUCUUCGAGUAUAGUCUUCUCAAUCGACAAAUCGACAAGAGCAUUGUAG